UCUAGAAGGCUCUAAGUCAGUCUGCAGCCUGCCUUCCCCAUUGUCCACUUAACGCUGGGCGCCAGGAUCCCAGUAAUAUUGUGGAGGACUUCCUGAGCUGAAGCAGAGAUUUGGGCCACGGCUGCUGCUGUCAUUGUCACCACGACCUCAGCUCUGGUGGGGAGGACUCCUGAUCAGAGUAACUGCCUGUGAGUGGACAACCAGGGCUGGUGAGCUAAAGCUCAGCUCUGAGCCUGGGUAGCUGGGGCUUCAUCUCUGCCACCUAUAUGGAAAUCAGAAGGAACUGGACUCCCAGAAGUCGGCUGUGCCCACCUGUGAUGACGUUGCUGGUUCUCGCCUCCCUGCUCAGCUGUCUGCUCACCUCCAGUGAGGCCAAGGUCUACAGUCGUUGUGAGCUGGUCAGAGCGCUUCGGGACUUUGGCCUGGACGGCUACCGGGGAUACAGUCUGGCUGACUGGGUCUGCCUUGCUUACUUCACAAGUGGCUUCAACACGGGUGCUGUGGACCAUGAGGCAGAUGGAAGCACCAACAAUGGCAUCUUCCAGAUCAACAGCAGGAGGUGGUGCAAAAACCUCAUCCCGGACUCCCAAAACCAUUGCCGGGUGUAUUGCUCUGACUUGUUGAACCCUAACCUCAAGGAUACUGUUAUCUGUGCCAUGAAGAUUGUCCAAGAGCCCCAGGGUCUGGGCUACUGGGAGACCUGGAGGCGCCACUGCCAGGGCAAGGACCUGAGCGACUGGGUGGAUGGCUGUGACUUCUAGGACCCCUCUGGAUGGACCAGGCCAUGCACAGCAGUCUGGGAAAUGUGGCCCAGACUUGGGAAGACAAACCAGUUAAUAAAAUAUAGUUUAACACAAGCA